CUCAUGCUCAUCAGAAGUCUGCUCAGAGCUGCCCAUGGCGGGACGGUCCUGCGGUCCUCUAGAGUCCGGCAGAGAUGCUGUCCCGUGCGGAGAGAGACUCACCACUGCUCGGCUGUAGUUUACAGAGAACACUCGCAUAACAUCGAUACUCUGAGGAUGGAGCAGCUGCCGUUGCCUCCGGUGAAAGAUGGGUCAGUGAGAAUCCGCAUGCUCGCAGCUCCGGUCAAUCCUGCAGACGUGAACAUGAUCCAGGGUUCGUACCCAAUCUUGGUCCCCGUCCCAGCGGUGGGGGGGAAUGAGGGCGUGGGAGAGGUGCUGGAGGUGGGCAGUGAUGUCACAUCUCUCCGACCUGGUGAUUGGGUCGUGCCCAUAGAUGCUGGCUUUGGUACAUGGAGGACAGCCGCUGUGUGUGAAGAGCAUGAGCUCAUGUCUGUUCCUAAAGACAUCUCUCUUCUGGGAGCCGCCACUGUCUUCGUGAACCCCUGCACCGCCUACAGGAUGCUGAGCGACUUCCAAACACUCGCCCCUGGUUGCACAGUGAUCCAGAACGCCUCGAACAGCGCAGUGGGACAGGCUGUGAUUCAGAUCGCCGCAGCACUGGGCCUAAAAACCAUCAACAUCAUCAGAGACCGACCAAACUGUGCUGAGCUGACGGAUGAGCUUCAGUCACUGGGAGCCGAUUAUGUCGUGACAGAAGAGGAAGUGAUGUCAUCGGGGCUUCGUCGGGUCUUCGAGGAGGUUCCCAAACCUAAACUGGGCCUGAACUGUGUAGGAGGCUUGAGCGGAGGACUUGUGUUGUCUAAUCUCGAUAAUGGAGGCACGAUGGUCACAUACGGAGGGAUGGCCAAAAGACCCCUCCAGAUCCCUGCCAAAUCCUUUAUAUUCCAGAAUGCGACUCUAAAGGGCUUCUGGCUGACCCAGUGGAAAAGACACCACAGGACAGAUAGAGCCCAGCUGAAGGCCAUGUUGGAUGCUGUGUGUGACCUCAUGAGAGCCGGACAGCUGUCCUCACCACACUGCGUCCAGACACCGUUUCAGCAAUACACACACGCGCUACGAGCUACUGUGCAAUCACACCGCCGCAAACACGUCCUCAUCAUGUAGACUCAGAAACGCUGUGUUAUCUUCUGCAGAACCACGCUGGACAUCAGAAACAAACGUCUACAGCUACACAUGCUUC